CUAUCUUGAAAAAGUAACUUUUUUCAGUCUAUGGCAUCAAACUAAAGCACAUAGGCUUUAAAAUGUGCUUCCCUACAGUAACUAGUCCCCUGUUGGCUGUUUAUAAAUAGAGGAGCACUUAGAACUUCCAAUUCAAGCAAUCCUAAGCUUCACACCCUUCUUACAACUUCCUCUUUUUUCUCAGUUCUGACGAGAACAGAGGGAGUUUGAGAUGGAGAAAAUAUCACGAAUGGCCUCGGAGAAUGGAGUAGUGAUCUUCAGCAAAAGCACAUGCUGCAUGUGCUAUGCUGUGGACAUUCUGUUCAGAGAACUCCUAGUGAGGCCUGUGGUUCAUGAAAUUGACAAAGAUCCCGAGGGAAGGGAAAUGGAGAAGGCCUUGUUGAGGCUGGGAUGCAAUGCACCUGCAGUUCCAGCAGUGUUCAUAGGUGGGAAGCUUGUGGGAUCAACCAAUGAAGUCAUGUCACUCCACUUAAGUGGCUCUCUGGUCACUCUGCUCAAGCCUUAUCAGGCUGUGGCUUCUUAAUUAUUAGGCUGUAAAACAAAAAUAAGCUUAGCUCAGCAUCACAACUUUGAGCUCCCUAUUGAUCUUUAGGUUAAGUAUUUGUGCUUAUGUAUUUCCAGUCCUCUUAGCUUGCCUUGGUUAUCAAGCAAGUAGUGUGUAAGAAACAAGAAUUUGUGUAAGCCUAUUUGCUUUCAUUAAUGCACUUUGCUUUUAUUUA